UUUCCCCUGCGUUUUACCGCCUCGCGUCGUUCGGCAGCCCUUUGUGCCCCUCUCGGCGAGGGGCUGUCGGCGUGGAGGCGGCGGCUGUGUUCCUGGGGGCUCGGGGAGGGGACCUGGGGAGAUGGAAAGUUUUUAAGCUCCUCGGGCACAGAAGUUUCUUUGUUCGGCCGGAGGAAGGUAUUGAACUGAAACCGCUCGGCUCCGCGGCUGCUGCUCCAAGUCCUUCCCUGCGAAACCGAGCCCUGCCAGCUAAUUAAGUUCUCGGGAAGUGAGAAAGUCCCGAAGGAGUUUCAUGAGCUGGAUGGUUUAGAAAACUCCGUGCUGCAUCCUGGUGAUUCUGUGAUCCGAGUUCAGAAACUGAUUCAGACUCCUAUGGUGUGAAUUGGCAGUGGUGGACUGAUUCGGAAUGUUGGCUUUGAAAGCUCAGGGAAGAAGCAGCAGGGAGAAGAAAGUAACACAGUGUGCCUGAAAAUGACAACGAAGCGGAAUUUGUUUGUGCGGCUGGUGCCAUGCCGCUGCCUGCGUGGAGAGGAGGAAACAGUUACCACACUUGAUUAUUCUCACUGCAGCCUGGAACAGGUGCCUAAGGAGAUUUUUACUUUUGAGAAGACCUUGGAAGAACUCUACUUAGAUGCUAAUCAGAUUGAAGAGCUUCCAAAGCAACUUUUUAACUGUCAGUCGCUGCACAAGUUGAGUUUGCCAGACAAUGAUCUAACCGCAUUGCCAGCAUCCAUUGCAAAUCUCAUUAAUCUCAGGGAACUGGAUGUCAGCAAGAAUGGCAUACAGGAGUUUCCAGAAAAUAUAAAAAACUGCAAAGUCUUGACUGUUGUUGAAGCAAGUGUAAAUCCAAUUUCAAAGCUUCCAGAUGGAUUUUCCCAACUGUUAAACCUAACACAGCUGUACCUGAAUGAUGCUUUUCUUGAGUUUUUGCCAGCCAAUUUUGGCAGAUUAACUAAACUACAGAUAUUGGAACUUAGAGAAAACCAGUUAAAAAUAUUGCCAAAAACCAUGUCCAGACUGACUCAGCUGGAGAGACUGGAUUUAGGAAGUAAUGAAUUCACAGAAGUGCCUGAAGUACUUGAACAAUUGAGCGGACUAAAGGAAUUUUGGAUGGAUGGUAAUAGACUAACACUUAUUCCAGGGUUCAUAGGCACUUUGAAACAACUGACCUACUUGGAUGUUUCUAAAAACAACAUUGAAGUGGUUGAAGAAGGUAUUUCAGGUUGUGAAAGCCUACAAGACCUAUUGUUAUCCAGUAAUUCACUUCAGCAACUGCCAGAGUCUAUUGGUUCCUUGAAGAAAGUAACAACACUUAAAAUUGAUGAAAACCAGUUAAUUUAUUUGCCAGACUCCAUAGGAGGGUUAGUGUCAGUAGAAGAGCUGGACUGUAGUUUCAAUGAGAUUGAAACUUUGCCUUCAUCUGUUGGGCAACUCUCUAACAUAAGGACAUUUGCUGCAGAUCAUAACUUCUUAACACAGCUGCCACCAGAGAUAGGAAAUUGGAAGUAUGUAACAGUGUUGUUUCUGCAUUCUAAUAAGCUUGAAUUUCUCCCUGAAGAGAUGGGUGAUAUGCAGAAAUUAAAGGUCAUCAAUCUGAGUGACAAUAGACUGAAGAAUUUGCCAUUUACCUUCACAAAACUGCAACAGCUCACUGCUAUGUGGCUAUCAGAUAAUCAGUCUAAACCGCUUAUUCCACUUCAAAAAGAAGCUGACCCCGACACGCAGAAAACAGUUCUUACUAAUUACAUGUUCCCCCAGCAACCAAGGACUGAGGAUGUUAUGUUCAUAUCUGACAAUGAAAGUUUCAAUCCAUCUUUGUGGGAGGAACAGAGGAAACAGCGUGCUCAGGUGGCAUUUGAGUGUGAUGAAGACAAAGAUGAGAGAGAGGCACCACCUCGGGAAGGCAAUCUGAAGAGAUAUCCAACUCCAUAUCCUGAUGAACUGAAGAAUAUGGUCAAAACUGUCCAGACAAUUGUACAUAGACUAAAGGAUGAAGAGUCUACCGAAGAUGUUGCCAAGGAAUCAAAACGAGAAAGCCAGGCAGUUUCUGUAAAAGAUGUGGGGGUAAAGACUUCAGAAAUUGUUCCAAUAAAGAACAAAGCUGAUGAGAGAAAGCAAUAUUCAGCCGGAAGCUCUGUGCAGAAGCCUACUGAACCAGAAGCUGAGCACUGCACUGCAAAUUCACAGAUGGCUGCACUUGUUAAAACCUUGCAGAACACGAAAACAAUUGUCAACCAUGAGGACACACUUGAGGAGUCAGAAGAACUGUCCUCUGAUGAAGAGAUGAAAAUGGCAGAAAUGCGACCACCACUGAUUGAAACCUCCAUAAAUCAACCAAAAGUGGUAGCUCUUAGCAACAGCAAAAAAGAUGAUUCAAAAGAUGCUGAUUCGUUAUCAGAUGAAGCUACCCAUAAUAGCAAUCAAAAUAACAGCAACUGUUCCUCUCCUUCUCGAAUGUCAGAUUCUGUUUCCUUAAAUACCGAUAGUAGCCAAGAUAUUUCUCUCUGCUCUCCAGACAAAGAAACACAUGCUGCUGUUUUAUCCAAGAUCAGGCGAGAAGAUGAAAAUUUGAAUAAUCUUUUGCAAAAUGGAGGUGAACUGAGCAUUACAGUAGAAGAAAAAAUAAAUGUGCAAGAGAAGGUUACAAAUCUGUCUGAAUAUGAACUAAGCCUUGAAGAAAGAAUAGGCCUGAUAGGAAAAGGUGUUGAUCUGAGCACUCCUACAGAAGAGUCUCACAAGUUAGACCAAAUAAAUAUGAAUAUCAAUAAACUAGUUAGUGAAGAGGCAGUGCCAGUUCCUGUAGAAAGGUUAAAACCACAGGAAAUAGCGUCAGUAAAGGGCUUUUUGAACAAUAUUGUAAGAGAAGAAGGUGAGCAGUUGGAAAAUGGAAAUAAAUAUCCUAUGAAUAAAGUAAAUGGACAUCCUGAGGAAGCAGUACAGUCUCCCAAUAAAGAAGAACUAAUGAGAAGCACUAGAGCUGAUGGUGAUUCUUCUGCUGAGCUGUCUGUUUCACGGAGCACUGAAGACUUGUCACCACAGAGAAGUGGUCCUGUGAUGAAGUCUCACAGCAUCACCAGUAUGGACCCUGGUGGUCUUAAAAUCUAUGAUAUUGUCAAUGACAAUGGAUCUCCCCAGGCAAACUCAGUGGUAAAAUCUGCAUCUGUUAGUGCAGAUGGGAAAAACAUAGUCCGAAGUAAAUCUGCUACUCUUCUGUACGAUCAGCCUUUGCAAGUUUUUCCUGGGUCGUCAUCAUCAUCUGAUUUAGUAUCUUCUACAAAAGCUGCAUUCAAGUUUGACUCAAAUCACAAUCCUGAAGGUGCUAAUGUAGCGAGAGGAUCAGUGACAGGUGGUGCACAGAUGUUUUGCACUCCCCAGUAUAAUAUUCAGUACAGCAGCAGUGCAACAGCAAAAGACACUUUGUGGUCCCAGAAACAAAACACCCAAGUUGAACAAAGCAGCUUACCUCCUUCACGUCUGCUAAGGUCUGACAGCACAGAAACCCCCAGCUAUGUAAAGCAUUCUGCCAAUAUGAAUUUCUCUAAUCAUAACAAUGUCCGAGCCAGUGCUGCAUAUAACACUCAUCAACGGAUGUCUGGGAGACAUGUAGAUAUGUGGGCUGUUCCACCAAAUGAUAGACUGCUCCCUGGAGCAACCAGACACACUCUUCAAAGACAGAGUAGUGUUUCUUCUACAGCUUCUAUAAAUGUUGGUGAUACUGGACCUUCAAGGCGGGCCCAGAUUCCUGAAGGGGAUUAUUUAACAUACAGAGAUUUGCAUUCAAUGGGAAGAGCUCCACCAAUAAUGUCAGGGCAACAGAGACCUCUUUCUGCCAGGACAUACAGCAUUGAUGGUCCAAAUGUACCCCGACCACAGAGUGCUCGGCCAUCAGUGAAUGAAAUACCAGAAAGAACUAUGUCAGUUAGUGACUUUAAUUACUCACGGACUAGCCCUUCAAAGAGAUCAAAUUCAAGGGUUAACUCGGAACACUCUUUAUUAGACCCUACAGGAAAAAGUAAAGUCCCUCAUGACUGGAGGGAACAGGUGCUGCGACAUAUUGAGGCUAAAAAGCUAGAAAAGAGCAUGCUGUCUAGGUCCUUUAAUUCCAAUUAUGCUGCAGUUAGCAGCUUUCACUAUGGCAGCUCUAGGGAUCUGCAUGGCAGCCAGGGUAGUGUUGCCUUGAGUGUUGCAGACGGAAGAGGUUCUGGUGUGCACGUUGUUCGAUAUCCCCAGGCUUCAACUCCAGGAGACCAAUGUCCAGAUGAAGUGUUCAUUUCAGGAAAGCAGAAUUAUGCAUCUGCCACACUUAGUCUCAAAGAUGUUCCUCCAGACAGCCUGAAGAAAGUAGCUGUGCAGAUACCUUUGACAAAUGGGCAAAUGUGCCAGCCUCAAAGACCUCAGGCAAACUACAGCCAAGUCCAUCAUCUCCCUCCUCAGUCAUCAGUUGCAAGACAUCCAUCUAGAGAACAGUUAAUUGAUUACUUGAUGUUGAAAGUUGCCCACCAACCUCCCUAUGCUCAGUCACAGUGUUCUCCCAGACAAAGCCAUGAAAUGGUAAAGCAAGAGAUUCGAGUGAGGAUUGACAAGGAUCCUGAACUUGGAUUUAGUAUAUCAGGAGGAGUCGGUGGUAGAGGGAAUCCAUUCAGACCUGAAGAUGAUGGUAUCUUUGUAACCAGAGUACAGCCGGAAGGACCAGCAUCUAUGUUGCUGCAGCCUGGGGAUAAAAUAAUUCAGGCUAAUGGAUACAGCUUCAUAAAUAUUGACCAUGGACAAGCAGUAUCUUUGCUAAAGACUUUUCAGAAUGCGGUGGAACUCAUCAUUGUGCGAGAAGUUUCUUCAUAAGUACUGUGGAUAGUGGGGAAAAAGCCAGCAGGAUUCAUUGAAGGACUUAUGGAAACUGAAUAUUUUGCCUAUUUUUAUAUGUGAAAGGAACUUGAAAAGAAUUAUGAUCAAAAUUUGUACAGGAAAUGAAAUACUGAACUUGUGGUCAAAGGGGAAUAAACCACUGUAUAGAACAUACAGGAAAUCAUUUUGGAAAUGCGUAUGCUGAAAAAACUUGUUUUUAAGCAUUAUAGCAAUCUAAGGAUCACUCCUCCAAGAACAAACCUGUGUUGUUGUUUUGUACAGAUGGUAGGUUUAUUUUUGGAUAAUUCAUACACAUUACUAAACUUUGUGCAAGGCUUUGAGAAGCCUAGGUUGUAGCCAAUGGACAGAUGGCAGGGCUGUCUGUCCUGUAGCUGUUUAUUGCCUUUAUUUUUAUUCACCAGAUAUUAAUGUGUUUUGCUGAAACCACUUCUGUAGAUAUGAACAGGGGAUAUGAAAUGUUGGCUUUGAUAUGUGCACAUUGUAUAGAUGAAUGGGUAGAUGGAAGGUGGUGCUGUUUGGACAGAAUAAAGGUCAGGUAAAACUGCUAUCUGCUAUCUAAAUCUGGAAUCAAGAAAGAAGUAAAAGUGUUUAGUUCUGGAAUGUACGUCUACCAAUAGAAAAUGCAAUAUAAGAUGAUGGUGUUUUUUAGGAAGACUGUAAUUACAAAUUUGUGAUAUUCUACAGGAUUUGUUCCUUAUGUAGUCAUUGAAUAUUCAUUUGCCACGUGUGAUUCAUGUUUAGUUGGGUUUUCUUGAAUACACAAUUUUUUUCAACUGUGCUGUGGAAAUGUGCCCAGAGGUUUUUCUGUGCUGUGGAAAUCCCCAGUUUUGUGCAAAUGGUGAUACUUUUAUCUUUAUAAAAAGUACUCCAUUUUAACCUUACAGAUUUUUAAAAUGAAACCGAAAUGGCCAGUUUUUAAGGUUGUUGCCUGUAAUACACAUUUGAACACACACAAAGUAAAUGAUGCAGGAAGGAUUAUGAAAGUCAUGUUGAUUUAGUUUGGCCUUUGCAUUGCCUUGUUAAUCAAAAAGGAAACCAUACACAUGGCGCUAGGUAACCAAAGCAAGUUUGUGAAACUUUGAACAGUGACGGAGAAUUGCUGUGGUGAGAUGGAGAGCAAAGGGAGGGUGUACUUACAACCCACCAGUUCGUAAUGAUGUUUCUUAAAGGGCUGUUCCUACAGGUAACAUUAAAUGUGAACUAGACACUUCAGAGUCAUUAAAGGGUUUCUAACUAUAUUAAUGUAAUAGUGAUUUACCACAGGCUGCCUUUGUUCCUUAUUACUGUAUAAAAUAUUCAAUUAUGCUUGUAUUAAUUUUGUUUACCAGAAACAUUAACUUUAUUUUUCUUUCUCCUUUGUAAUUGAAUAAAGACUGCAUAAUCUGCAGUGAUAAUUAAUACACGGUUGUUAUGGACCAGGGAAAAGUGCCAUAGAAGACCAGUAACUGUUUUUAAUCAGGGCUAAUGGUUAGCCUGUCAUUGGAGCAAUAUUCAGUUAUUGCAGUUCAUUUUUAUUUGCAUAUAAGUUGGUAGUUUGAAACAGAUAUAAGUUACUUUUUUCCACCCAUGUGUACAAAAGUAAAUUCUUUUAAUAAAGCUAGCAAAAACACCAGCCUCCUUUAGUUUUGGGGAAAAGAGCUGAAAGAGAGGAAAUAUUUAGCUAGCAGAAAUAGGCAGUACUUCGUAAGUAAGUGAACUCAAAUAUUAUUGCACUUCUUUCAAAGAUGUUAACUAUUGCUUAUUGUACUGUGUAUAGUUCUAAUAAUUUUAAUUGAAACCCUUUAACAACUCUUUGUAUAUUUUAAUUCUUUUUAGUUGAUUUUCAGUAAUAUUUACAUAGGAAAUAAUUUUUUUGAUAUAUUAGCAGAAAUGUGCUGUAUUUUGAUAAAAAUUCACUUAUUUUCUGUGUGCUGUUAAUCUUUAAAAAAAAGAAUGAGAAACAUAGCUAUAUAAUGGCAGGCUUCAGCGUUCCCUUUCUGAGAUGUGUUUUGUUGUUGUUUAUUUUUUUAUUGAAAAAGGAAAAUGUUCACAUCACAUGUUCAUUACUUUUAAUCAUGUUAUUUUUAUCACACACUGCCUUUUAAAGGGAAUGCAUACAGACAAGUCCUAAAUUAACUUGGUCUUCUACAUAACCUGUAUCUUUAGGAAGGGAAAGUACAAAAAGCAGAACUGAUUCUUUACUGAUCUUGUGUACAUUGUGACUUUGUAUACGUUUUACAGUACAUUUGAGUAUAUCACUGAAGAAUUGUACCGUGUUGUAUUUUGCUUUAAUGUUAACAGAGUUUUAAAAUAUAUUAUGUCACUUAAUUUUCAGAUUUACGUAUCACAUGACAAUUCUACCAGGAAGUGUUUCGCUAUGGUAGAACUGUAGUAAUGGGGAUUUAUAGCAAGAAGUUUAGUACUUCUUGUGGAAACAGUUGGCCAAAGCUUGUCUUUGUUAAAUUAGCAAAUUAACCGUGAAAUAAAACAUGAAUUAUACUGAUUUUACUCAGUAAACUUUGGAGUUUUUAAUGGAUUGAUAUGUGUUUGUUCCUUCUGUGUCUGUGUGUAAAGGUCAAUACAUGUCAAGCUAGAUGACUUUGCAGAGUGGGAGAAAGAUGUCUCCUGAACUAGUCCAGCCAGGAUUCAGCAGGAGAAGAGACAGUAUCAGCACUUUUCAUUUUGAAUGCAUCUUAAACUACAUUUUGAAUAGGGAAAAAAAAAAAUCCAUCAACAGCAGCAGUCACUCAGCAUGGCAGUGAGUUGAUGCAAACUGUUAAUUCAUUCUAUUCUGAAUAGUUCAUUAAAGAAUCAGUUCAACUGACAUAAUGAAAAGAUGAAGUCUCCCAUAUAUUUAUUAUGUAAAUAUUUUUGAGUUACUUUUUUGGACUGGACUUUAAAAAAUGUGUAUAUACUUGAAAGCAUUCUAUGAACACAAACAUAGCAAUAAGCAACACACAGAAUCAAACCUUUAUCAUUUGGGGAUUUUUGUUUGUUUGUUUAGAAAUUUUCCCUUGUCAACAGCUAUGAAAUGUUUUUAUCGAUCAGCAUUUAUUCAACAUUCCAAAUUUUUGUAUAUAAUUAGACUGUUUCUGAGGUAACACAUGGAGAAUAGAUAAUAAACUAAUGCUCUU